AUGACUCGUGUAGUCUUGCUUCUUACUGUUUGUCUGGCUUCAGCGUCAGCUGUACCAGCGACCGGUAGGAUUGCGAUUGGAUCAACAGGUUAUAUCAGCACCUACCCGUUUGCUGCCAGCCUGUUGUAUUCUAGAAUUGGCGUUGGAGUAUUUACCCAGGCGUGUGGUGGAUCCAUUAUAACUUACAAAACAGUUCUAACAUCAGCUUAUUGCUUACAUGGUGAAUCGGUAAAUACCUGGCGUGUGAGGGUUGGUUCUUCUACUAGUAGUAGCGGAGGUGUGGUACACAUUUUAUCGCGAAUCAUCGUGCACCCUCUUUACAAUACACGCACCUCGGACAAUGAUAUAGGGUUACUCCAUGUUUCUACGCCAUUCGCUAUGAAUAGCAACGUAAAACCGGGAACUAUUGCCGGUGCUAACUUCUAUCUACCUGACAAUAAACUCGUUGAAGCUAUAGGAUGGGGGCUAAGAAGUAAUGAUGGUGAACCUUCCAAUCAGUUACUUUACGAUAGAAUUUAUACCAUUAACUGGUCCACGUGUCAGUCAAGAUACUCUGAAAUUGGACGUACGGUUACAAGUAAUAUGGUUUGCGUCGGUAAAUUGGAUGUUAACGGAUAUGGACAAUGCGUUGCGUUACCACCAGCUGUAAGGAUCGUCGGUGGAUCAAAUGCAGCGAUAACAUCAUACAGAUUUGCUGCAAGUCUUUUACAUUCUAGAAUUGGUGUUGGUACUUUUAUAUAUGGCUGUGGUGGAUCAAUUAUUACCAAUAGAGUGAUUCUGACUGCUGCUUAUUGCCUUUACAAUGAACCUGUAUAUCGUUGGCGUGUUCGUGUUGGUUCAGCCAGGUCCAGCACUGGAGGAGUUAUUCAUAAUACUCAGAGAACAUUAGUCCAUCCAAAUUAUAAUCCAAUGACUGCUGACAAUGACAUUGCUUUAUUGCACUCAAUGACAGUAUUCGUUUUCAACAAUAACGUAAAUUCAGUAGGAGUUCCCAGCGUUAAUUACAACCUGCCUGACAAUCAACCUGUAACAGCACUCGGAUGGGGAGCUACCAGUUACGGUGGUCAACUCUCUGAUACUCUCCGUCGUGUUGACAUUUGGACAGUCAAUAGAAAUGUAUGCAGGACGCGUUAUUCUGAGUUGGGAUACAGUGUUACUGAUAACAUGUUGUGUGCUGGCUGGCUGGACGUUGGAGGUCGUGGUGCUUGCAUUGGUGAUACUGGCAGCGCUCUCAUUCAUCUUAACCGCAAUGUACAAACGAUCGUUGGAGUAUACUCGUGGAGUUACAAUUGUGCACUUCCUCGAUACCCAAGUGUCAACGCCUUUGUUCCCAGAUAUACUAACUGGAUUCUAGCAAACGCAUAA